AUGGCAGGGCAACGAGAAACGCCGGAGCUCUUGAGCUUCUUGGAGCCCUUUGUGCUGAGAAGCUCCCUGGAGUGCCCCUUCUUGGUUCUCUCUGAGAUGCAGUUGGUGCAGGGCAUCCCCAAACCCACCGAGGAGGCACGGAGCCGGGUUACGCCUUCUUUUUGUUGCACUCAGGCAGCAUGCCAUGAGACAAAGGCCGUCUUGUUGGUGGAUUUUGAGGGUGAGAUGCCAGGUCAUGGUGGUGAGAUCAGCAUUGCUCAGCUGCAGUUCACCAAGGUCUUAGACCCAAAGACCUUCCUGCCGCGGCGGCUGAACCCUCGGCAGUGCUUUCAAGCGCCAGGCCUUUUGAUUGACUUACGCUGCACGAACUGCAUUGACGUAAUCCGACAGGUAAUGGGCAGCCCUCAAAUCCUGAAGGUCCUUUGGGGUGCAAAUGGCGAUUGCCAAUGCCUGAUGUAUCAGCUGCGGCCUGAGUAUCUGGGUGUGGACCCAAAGAUGAUCAUUGAUGCCCAGGUUGCCUUUGAUGAUCGGGUCCGCAUUGGCAUGGCCAAGAUGCUGGAGUCUGUGCCUGCGGAGAUCCAAGAAGGGCUUCCGACCAAAAAGGCUCAGAUCGACUGGGACUUGUUUCAUUGUGAGAACCGGCGAGCUUUGGAGCUGCCGCUGGUGGCACAGAAGGCGCUCUAUGCGGUGGACGACUUGCACCGGAUCGAGGCGAUCCUGGGUACCAAGCAACCCAUCGGCGGCUCCUACAUGCCCGCCUACCAGCGAUCAGAGAGCAUGCUUCAGUACCUCCGCGACUUGGUGGCAGGAGCGGUUUUGCGUUUGGGGGUAAAAAAGGCCCAUGUGGAGGGGGAUGUUUUCUUUCUGCGGCAUCUUCUGGCUCCUCCCUCUCCUCCUCCUCUUCCUUGUCGAUGGACCCAGAUUGAUCACCGUGACCCAGGCUGA